AGUCCUGAAACAUAGACAAGAAGAAGAAGAAAAGCGUCCGGGUAGUUUCCCUUCUGGAUGUAAACAGUCUGCGGUUUCUACCGCAGCUUUUACGCGCUUACCGAACACUAACAUCUUCCACAAGCGAGUCAGUACCAGCGGAUUCCAGACCCGGAGGAUGGAUUGAACCUGGACACGCAACAUGUCAAUGGAAGACCCGUUCUUCGUUGUUAAAGGGGAGGUGCAGAAGGCUGUGAACGCAGCCCAGAGCCUUCACCACCGAUGGAGGGAGCUGCUGCAGGGCGGCAGCGGAGCCUCCAAAGAGGAAAUCGACUGGACGACGAAUGAACUCCGAAACAGCCUGCGCUCCAUUGAGUGGGACCUGGAGGACCUGGAUGAGACUGUCAGCAUAGUAGAGUCAAACCCGAAGAAGUUUAAUCUGGAUGCAGCGGAGCUGUCAAAGAGGAAGGCCUUCAUCACCAGCACCAGACAUAUGGUCAGGGAAAUGAAGGAGCAGAUGUCGUCUCCAGGAACGACCUCUUCAGACGGGAAGAGCAAACAGGCUCUGCUUGGUGAGCGUGGUGCUCAAGGACGCAUAUGGCAGCCCGGUUCAGACAAAUACAGCCGGCUCGACCAUCAGCUGCAGAGCGCCAACAGUCAGUUCAUAGAAGAGCAGCAGGUGCAGCAGCAGCUGAUCGCAGACCAGCAGGAUGAACAGCUGGAACUGGUGUCUGGAUCCAUCAAUGUUCUCAAGAACAUGUCUGAGCGAAUCGGAGUGGAGCUGGAUGAACAGGCUGAAAUGCUGGAUGAUUUCAGCCAAGAGAUGGACAACACACAGUCCAGACUGGACAAUGUCAUGAAGAAACUGGCCAAGGUGUCACACAUGACCAGUGACCGCAGACAGUGGUGCGCCAUCGGCGUUCUGCUAGCUAUCCUUCUGGUUGUCGUCAUCCUCUUCUUCAUCCUUUGAAAAAAAGUCUUACAUUUCUACUUGACUGAAGCAGAUGUUGCUGUACCGGACCAGACUGAACGGGCUGUAAGAGGUUUCAUGUAUCACGGUUCAUCUUAACCAGGAAGUGUUAUUUUUCCUCAUUUUAGUCGUCUAACUGAGAAUUCAUCACAAACUGUAACAUUUCUUGCUCAUAAAAACUGACAAACAUUAGUUAUUUUAGAAAAAGCUGUCCAGUUUUCAAGAACGACCUGAUUUGGAGUUUCCGUAGCAUUGUUGGGUGAGCUAACCUGACCCUAUGACACUAUCUUUCCUCAGAUCAUGGUUUUGCUUUGUUUGUAGCACUAUGUUUUAGUUUGUUCUUCAAAAAUAUGACUAAAAGUGUUUAUUUGGUUAUCUUAAUGUUUAUUUAACUUUGUUUCCACUACUGACAACUCGAUGUGACACAACUUUGCGUCCUUUUUU